AUGGUUCAUAUCCCUUUGUAUCAUUAUUUUUUAAUUUUAUUCUUAAUAUUUGGAGGAUGUUGUUCAAAUAUUUUUUCAUUAGAAGCUAUUAUUAAAAAAUUAAUAAGUAAAGGAUUAUUAAUAACAUUUCUACAAUUCCUAUAUAUUACAAUUGAGGGAUUAGUUUAUAAUUUUUUUACAGGAUCAACAUUUUUAGUAAAAAGAAAUGUUCCUAUUGGUUCAUGGAUGAUUAUUGUUUCUUUAUUUUUUACAGCAACAUUUUUAAAUAACAAGGCGUACAGUUAUGGAAUUUCUAUUCCUAUGCAUAUUAUUACUCAGAGUGGAGGAAUAUUUAUUCUGGUUAUUUUAGAAUGGUUAUAUAUAAAUAAAAAGCCAGAUAUUUAUCAAAUGAUAUCAAUUGCAAUUCUUACGUCUGGAGUAAUUAUUGCUAAUAUCUCUAAUAUUUCAGAAAAGCAUUCUAUAAAUUUAUCCAUGAUAGAAUAUACUAGAGGCAUAAUUAUUCUACUUAUUGCUCAGAUUCUUAGAUCUUUUAUGAGUAUAUAUAUGGAAAAAACGUUUAAAUUAUAUUCUCCAAACUGGAAAGAGGUCAAUUUCUAUAUGCAUUUUUUUUCUCUUUUACUUUAUAUGCCAAUUCUUCCAAAAAUAUAUUCACAAACUAAAUUAUUAAAUUAUUUUCAAACACCAUUUAUUUCACAAAAAAAUCAUGACAGAAGCUUAUAUGAAUUUCUAAAGGCAUUUUUGAAAUUUAAAAUUCCAAAAACUUCUAACUAUUUGUUUUAUUUUUGCAUCAAUAUAAUUACUCAAUCAUUAUGUGUUCAAGGGAUAAAUAGAUUAAACGUUAUUUCUACAGCUUUAACAGCAAAUAUAAUACUUAAUUUACGAAAAUUUAUUAGUUUAAUUUUGAGUAUUUAUAUAUUUGAAAAUAAAAGAAAUUUUGGGACUAUAUCUGGAAUAAUUUUAGUAUUUACUGGUAGUAUAUGGUAUAGUAUUGAAGUACAUAAAAAAAAAGCUAUUAACAAUAAAUCCAAAAAAAGCUAA